AUGGCUGAAAAGCAGCCCGCCGACAAUGCGGACCCCGAAUCCGCGCAACCGUCUUGCGCAAACACAGACUCCGAGUCCCCCAAGAACCCCGACCCAAACCUCGUAGCAUGGACGCCUUCGGACCCCGAGCAUCCGCGCAACUGGCCCCGGCCCACCAAGUGGAAAACCACAUUGACCGUCUCCCUCUUCGUCUUCAUCUCCCCCAUCUCCAGCGCCAUGAUUGCCCCCGCGCUGGAAGACCUCGGCCGCAGCCUCGACAUGAAGGGCAACGUCGAGGUGUAUCUCUCCCUGGCCAUCUUCAUCCUCGCCUACGCCGUGGGACCCAUCUUCUUCGGCCCCGCGAGCGAGCUGUACGGACGAGUGAGGAUCCUGCACAUCACCAACCUGUGGUACCUGGCGUGGAACCUGGCGUGCGGGUUUGCCAACACCAAGGCCGAGCUGUUCGUCUUUCGCUUCCUAGCCGGCAUUGGCGGCAGCGCGCCACUGGCCGUGGGCGGCGGCGCAGUGAGCGACAUGUGGAAGCCCGAGGAGCGCGGCAAGGCAAUGAGCACGUACACGCUGGGCCCGAUGCUGGGGCCCGUCAUCGGCCCCAUCGCCGGCGCCUUCAUCGCGCAGUACUCGACGUGGCGAUGGGUCUUUUACUCGACCAGCAUCGCCGCGGCCCGGCCCGUCCGCAUGUUUGCCACGCAGCCCAUCGUCGCCUGCAUCGCCGUCUACAUGGCCUACCUCUUUGGCACGCUGUACCUCAUGUUUGCCACGUUCCCCGACAUCUGGACCAAGGUGUACGGCCAGUCCAAGGGCGUGGGGGGGCUCAACUACCUCUCCAUUGCCAUCGGGUGCUUUGCCGGCAUCUUCCUGCAGCUCAAGAUGGUCGACCGCGUCUACGGCGCUCUCAAGAGCAGGAACGGCGGCGUGGGACGGCCCGAGUUCCGCAUGCCCAGCCUGGCCAUUGGAUCCGUCGUCCUGACCGUCGGCCUGUUCUGGUACGGAUGGAGCAUCGGCCACGCGCACUGGAUCAUGCCCGACGCCGGCGCCUUGCUCUGCAGCGUCGGCGUGAUUUGCUGCCUGCAGGGCAUGCAGAUGUACAUUGUCGACUGUUACCAGACGUACGCGGCGAGCGCCAUGGCCGCGUGCGCGGUUCUCAGGAGCUUGGCGGGCUUUGGGUUCCCCCUGUUUGCGCCGUACCUGUACGAGGAGCUGGGGUACGGCUGGGGGACGAGUAUUCUGGCCUUCUUCAGCAUUGCCAUUGGGUGGGUGGCUCCCGUCAUAUUUUGGGUUUGGGGGCCUCGGCUGAGGGCCCUGUCCAAGUUUGCGGCCGGGUGA